AUGUGGACUGCAGCUAGGCUAAGAAGUGCAUUUAUUGAGUAUUUUGAGAAGGAGGGGCAUACGCACUGGAGAUCUUCAUCAGUGAGCCCAGAUGACCCGACACUUCUGUUCACGAACAGUGGGAUGGUCCAGUUUAAGAAGAAGUUCUUAGACCUGGCCAUUACUGGCACGCCGUAUGGAGAGCUAAGAAGAGCGUGCAACUACCAAAAGUGUAUUAGAGCAGGUGGUAAGCAUAAUGAUUUAGAUGAUGUAGGGAAGGACACGUACCACCACACAUUCUUUGAAAUGCUUGGGAAUUGGAGUUUUGGAGACUACUUCAAGAAAGAAGCCAUUCAUUUCGGGUGGGUAUUCCUGACUGAAGUGCUUAGACUGGACAAGGAUAGAAUAUAUGUGAGCUACUUCCACGGGGACCCAUCACAGAACUUACCGUGUGAUACGGAGACACAGAAUCUGUGGAGGCAGUACUUGCCAGACUCAAGGAUACUUGGAUUUGGUGCUAAAGAGAACUUCUGGGAGAUGGGUCCUGUCGGACCGUGUGGACCGUGCUCAGAGAUUCAUUACGACCGAGUCGGUGGACGGGAUGCAUCCGGGAUAGUUAAUCAAGAUGAUCCAGACGUGCUUGAAAUAUGGAAUAUUGUAUUCAUUCAGUACAACAGAGAGGAGACCGGACUGGCAGCACUCCCAAAGAAGCACAUUGAUACGGGCAUGGGAUUAGAGCGUGUACUAAGCAUACUACAGGGAGAGAAGAGUAAUUACAACACGGAUUUAUUCAUGCCUCUGUUCAGGACAAUUCAGAGAGUGCUGGGUGUAGAGGAGUACACCGGCAUACUCACGGAUAAGAAAGAUAUUGCGUACAGAGUGAUUGCUGACCACAGUAGGACAUUAACUGUAUCACUAAUGGAUAAUGUCAUGCCAAGUAAUGAUGGGAAGGGGUACACCAUCAGGAAAAUACUCAGAAGAGCACUUGGGUUCCAGUACUUGCACUUGAAGAAGUCUCCUGGGCUACUGCCCCUUCUUGUAGAGCAAGUCUUCAAUGAGUUCAGCCAGAUAUAUCAGACAGAGCAGCCGCUUGAUGCGAUCGUACAGGUUGUGAGGGAAGAAGAGGCACAGUUCACAAAAACCCUUGGGAAAGGAUUAUCAAUCCUCAUGGAAAUGCUUGCAGAUGCAAAGAAAGCAGGCGGGAGAAGGAUCCUUCCAGGGAGUUCUGCAUUUGUGCUUUAUGACAGGUACGGGUUCCCUAUUGACUUAACCAUGGCCGUAGCAGAACAAGAAGGAGUGGCCGUGGAUAGUGCCGGGUUUAAAGAAGCCCAGGCAGCAGCUAAAGCCCUGUCAAAGAAUAACCAGAAGACCAGUGAAGGUUUACACCUGACAGUGCACGACCUCGAUGCACUUGACAGAAACCAGAACAAACAGCCGACUGUGGAUAAGUACAAGUACAGUAACGAGCCAAUACUUGCCAGUGCAGUGGCGAUUAAGCACUCAGGAGAGAUAAUCGACUUUACAGUGCAGUCAGUGCACACGCAUAAAUCAGAAGAUGUAUGCGGUAUAAUCCUUGACCAGACAUCUUUCUACAGUGAGUCCGGUGGACAAGAAGGCGAUAAAGGCACCAUCCUGUUCACUGAACCCACAGACUCAGACAGUGCCGAUAUAAUCAAGAAACUCUCACAGCUAAGCAUACGCACAGCACACACUCAGAAAGGAGCGGGCGUACACGGCGUAUUCACUGUCCAGGACACUAAGAAAUACGGGAGGUACGUCAUGCACAUGGGCAGGCUUGAAGGGUCUACCACACAGAAUGCCGUGUGCAUGGUAGACACGGAGAGAAGGGAAAGACUCGCACGUGCACACACUGCGACACACCUUCUGAACUACGCACUGUCCCAAGUACUGCGUAAGACGGGUGCUGAUGAAAUAAAGCAGUGCGGCAGUUUAGUCAGUGAAGAUUUACUCCGAUUCGAUUUUCACUACGGCAGUCCCCUCACCAAAGCAGAAGUAUCUGCCGUGGAGGGCAUAAUCAAUGAAAUAGUAGAAGGGAAAGAGGGCGUAUCCGUUGAGUUCAUGCCGUAUGCUGAAGCAAUUAAAAUCAAAGGCAUCCGGCACAUGAAAGAUGAAGAGUACCCAGAAACCGUGCGUGUAGUGAGUGUACGCAAUACGUCCAGUAAGUCCACCAGAACCAGCACGCCAAUUACAUCAGCUGAACUCUGUGGGGGUACGCACGUAAUAAACACGGGAGAUAUACGGAGAGUGCGUAUAAUAGGCGAAUCAAGCAUAUCCAGAGGAGUCAGAAGGAUCAGUGCCCUGUGCUCUGAGAAAGCAAUUUCAGCAGAGAGUACAGCGAAUAAGAUCCGAUCAACAAGGAUAACCCCAGAAUCAGCCCAGGGGAUAAGGGAAGCCGUGGAUGAAGCAGUAAUCCCGUUAAUUGAAUCAAGCCAAAUACGCGAUGCCCUAGAAGACUUCCAGAAACAGCAAAUAAAAGACAGGAAGAAACACUUUGACAGUGAAUGCGCCCUGUUAAGGGAGUCCUUAAAGGACACCUCCGAUCCCGUGCUUUUCGUAUGCAAGCCCUUUGAAGGGACACCCGUCCAGCAAGUGAAUAAACUCGUGGCAGGAAUGGUCCAAGUACUUGAAAAACAGGCCAGGGAAGGGGUAAUCCUAUACGCAGCACAGGAUGAGACUGUCAUAAACGGGUCCUUACACGAGGGCGUGGAACGAGUUAAGUCCGCAUUCAGUAACUGCCCCAUAAACAAAAUGAAAAUUGGUGGAAAGUCUCCCCGUGUGAUGGGCGUACUCACAGCCGAUUUAAGCCUGGUUGAAUCUACGAUUAAAUCCCUGAUUUUUAAAUAAAUUUAUAAAGUCUCCCCA